GUAGCAGAUAGGUUUAAUUUAGUCGCAAAAGAACACAGCGUACGGUCUGUCUGCCUGCUUUUUACUGCACGUCUCGUUGUUGUUGUUGGAGUUAAGACAAGAAGAAGAAACAAAGCGAGUGUGUCAGCAUCCUGCAUCCCGCCUGCAGCGAUGGGAGAAGCUGAGACGCGGCAGAAAUUGCUGCGCAAUGUGAAGAAAGAGGUCAAACAGAUCAUGGAGGAGGCCGUGACGAGGAAAUUUGUGCACGCAGACAGCAGCCACAUCAUUUCCUUUUGUGCUGUGGUGGAGGCUUGCGUGCUGCAUGGACUGAAGCGGCGUAUAGCGGGGCUGCUGUGCAGUAACAAGGUUGCGGCGCUCUUCAUGAAGGUGGCAAAAAGCUUUUCGCCUGCUGAGCAACUUUGUCACAAGGUCCGAGAGCUGGAGCAUCUCAUAGAAAACAGCAAACAAAACAACUCUUCACAGAGCAACGAGCGCAGUCAGCAGUACAAAUUGAACAACCUCCCCCCUCAGGCUCUCAAACACUUAUGGAUACGAACCGCUCUAUUGGAGAAGCUGCUGGACAAGAUUGUCUUGUAUUUAGUGGAGAACUGCAGUACAUUUUAUGAGAAAGAAGCCAUGCUGAUGGAUCCCGUGGAUGGGCCCAUUCUUGCAUCUCUAUUGGUUGGUCCUUGUGCUUUGGAGUACACCAAAGUCAAGACCGCAGACCAUUUCUGGACGGACCCAUCUGCUGACGAGCUAGUACAGAGGCACCGCAUCCACAGCGGGCACUGUAGGCAAGACUCUCCCUCAAGAAGACCGGCUCUGAUCCAAAAGAGACAGUCCAGUGGCAGCAUGGACGACCGCCCUCUGGUGUGGGCAAGGGAAUAUGUGGAAUCACUCCACCAAAACUCGAGAGCCACUUUGUUGUUCGGCAAGAACAACGUUCUGGUGCAGCCGAGAGAUGACAUGGAGGCAAUCCCAGGCUAUCUGUCUCUGCAUCAAACUGCGGAUCUGAUGACACUCAAAUGGACACCCAAUCAGCUGAUGAAUGGCAAUGUCGGGGAGUUAGAUUCUGAGAGGAGUGUCUACUGGGACUAUGCCAUGACAAUUCGCUUGGAGGAUAUUGUGUAUCUCCACUGUCAUCAGCAAGUGAACAGUGGCGGAACUGUGGUUUUGGUGAGCCAGGAUGGAAUCCAGAGACCACCAUUACAUUUCCCAAAGGGGGGCCACUUGCUCCAGUUUCUCACCUGUCUGGAGACGGGCCUGCUACCUCACGGUCAAUUGGACCCGCCGCUCUGGAAUCAGAGAGGAAAGGGAAAGGUCUUCCCCAAAUUGCGUAGGCGGAGCCCGCAUGGUUCAUGUGACUCUGUGUCCGAUAAAGAGGAUGAUGAAGCAACCGAUUACGUGUUUCGGAUCCUAUUUCCUGGCAAUCAAAUGGAGUUAAUGGCUUUAGAGCUGAUGGACCAGGGUAUGACCAUGUGGCAACCAUCCCCCAGGAAGUCAUCCUGCUCCUCUUGCUCACAGAACGGAUCAUCUGACGGCUCUCUGCCUAAUGGCUGCAAUCAGGAAAGGGCUCCUCUAAAACUCCUUUGUGACACCAUGAAGUACCAGAUCAUCUCUCGGGCUUUCUACGGAUGGCUGGCUUACUGCCGUCAUCUGUCCACAGUUCGCACCCACCUCUCCGCUCUGGUCAACACCACUAUCGUUGUCCCCGAUGUGCCCUCAGAUGCACAAGGAGGCCUCUCUGCGGACGUCUGGGCCCAGUACCUCCAGGACAGCUCUGCCUAUGAGGAGCAUGAGAUACACAGGCUUGUGUAUUUUGGUGGCGUGGCACCUUCGCUACGCAAGGAGGUCUGGCCCUUCCUGUUGGGACACUACCGGUUUACAAUGAGUGAGAAGGGCAGGAUGGAGAUUGAUGAGCGGAUGGGCACCAUGUAUGAGCAGAACAUGAAAGAGUGGCAAGGUUGCGAGGCCAUCGUGCGCCAAAGGGAGCGUGAGAAACACGCCGAGGCCCUCGCUAGGUGUUCGUCGGGCGCCAGCGUUGAAAGGGGGCCCAUCGUGCGGGACUCCACCAUCAGCACAGAUUCAUCACUAAGCAGCAACUCAGAUCAGCAGAAUGUUCGGUCACAGAGUGACUCCAGCAAUAGCGCACAAGUAUUUGUCUUGGUCGAUGCUGGGGAUCCGAUGGAGACGAGACCCGAAGAAGUCCAAAAGCAGCACAUCAGUCCAAUAAAGGACAUUCCGGUUGGUCCUGUUGCCUGCAGGAACCCAUCCCCCCCUCCAGGUUCAACCAAGCUAGCUACUAGAUCUACAACCUCUCAGCAGUCAGUGCACACAUCGGAUGUCUUAAACAUGGAGUCUGAAAAUGAAUCACUGCCAGAUAGGGAAACGAUAGCAGACUUGACCACCAAGGAUAGUCUCUUAGGGAAUGAGAGAAUGGAGACAGAAAGUGAUGUGGGCGAGUCUGGAAUCACGAUGAAGCCAGACAGCUCUGAAGCUGAGAAGUCUGAAAAUGCUAAUGAGAACUCCGGUGUUACAAAAAGUAUAAACGCAAAGGAUGGGAGCUCUCUCCAAGGGAACACCGAUGUUAUUAAGCUGGAAACUGAGAUUCAGAACAAAUAUUUCCAAGCACCUCCACUUGGGCAGGCUUUGACUCAAGCACAAAAUACAAAAGACCAGGAGAGUGAGUGUGUUGAUAUGCUAACACCAGAUGAAAUUCCACAAAUUGGGACUGAUCCAGAGUGCUCGGAAAAAGAACAAACAAAAGAAGUGUCAAUAGAGUCAAUAGAUUGUGGGUGCGAAGCCAAAAAAGUGGCAGAUAUCCCAUUUGAGAAACCUGGCUCAAACUCACCCGUCAGGCAAGUACUCAACGCUCUCCAGUCAGCAUCCCGCGGGAGCCUUUGCCUGUCCUCCCACACCCGGCAGUCCCCGGACUCCGACGACUCUCCUUCUGCCUUGGAGAUGGAGGACAUCCCUGCCGGGGUCACCUGUUUGAACCUGGAGGAAAUAAACAUUAGGCCACUGACUGCCCUUGCCCCACCUCCGGUCUCACUGGCUCGGAGAGGGAAGACGGCAUCCGAAGACCUUGUCAUGGAUCACCAUCUGGACACUGCUUGUAACACCAGUCCUGAGGGCACCGACAUGGGACUGUCUGAAGAUGAGCCUGACACAGAAAGCGUGUUCACGGCACCAGAAACUGCAGAGACUGGAGGAGAGUCCAAAUGUGAAGAAUCCUUGACACACCAAGGCUACUCACAAGAAACACUGGACAUGUACCUAAUCAACUUGCAUCGCAUUGACAAAGAUGUUCGACGCUGCGACAGAACAUACUGGUAUUUCACUCCUGAGAACCUGGAGAAGCUGAGGAACAUCAUGUGCAGCUACGUGUGGCAACAUCUGGACACAGGUUACGUCCAGGGAAUGUGCGAUAUACUGGCUCCCCUACUGGUUAUUCUGGAUGAUGAGGUGAUGGCAUUCAGUUGCUUCACUGAACUGAUGAAAAGGAUGAACCAGAAUUUUCCUCACGGGGGCGCCAUGGACUCACACUUUGCCAACAUGCGUUCUCUUAUUCAGAUCCUGGACUCGGAACUGUUUGAACUGAUGCAGCAGAAUGGUGACUACACCCACUUCUACUUCUGCUACCGCUGGUUCCUGCUGGACUUUAAAAGAGAAAUGGUCUAUGAUGAUGUUUUCUCCGUUUGGGAAACCAUCUGGGCGGCGGCAUACACAACCUCUGAGCAUUUUGUGCUCUUCAUUGCAUUGGCACUGGUGGAGAUGUACAGAGAUAUCAUCCUGGAAAACAACAUGGACUUCACGGACAUCAUCAAGUUCUUUAAUGAAAUGGCAGAACGUCACGACGUCCCCCAGGUCCUGAUGAUGGCCCGAGACUUAGUCCACAAAGUGCAGACACUUAUUGAAAACAAGUAAUCGGCAAACUGUUUUAGAAGAUGAUACCACACAAAAACACUAAAUUGAUGAAAAUGCAGUAAGCUUUGAAGUGGUUGCUCAGUUCUAUGUCAGUGAGACAGAAUUAAGGCCAGUAAAUUUAUUUUCCAAGUGUAAUUGUUCACCUCGUGAAUGUACCCUCAUUGAUACUGCUUCAGGAUGUUAUUUUGCCUUAAAUGUUGCUAUUUUUUCAGGGAUACGAUUCAAGUCUUAACAUACCCCCUCGAUUAUUGGGUGUCGGAUAGCGUACCACUGAAAAGUGAGAGGAUUGAUUAGUGUUGGAGAGUGUCCAAGUAGCUUGUGUAGCUCCUGAUGCAUCCGUCAAUAACCAUUAAGGCUUCAUGUCUAUUGAAGGCUGUUUGGCACCUACGAUAGAGAAUAUGCUAAAUUAUCUAAUUUCUUUUAAAAAGGACUUUCACAUCUCAUGAAAUCCUAAUGUUUCACAUUUUGUUCAAAUUUUUUGCAUACUUACAUUUUGGUGCUCACACGUUUGUGUACUCAGAUUAAUUGGAUUACCAGAUUGUUUGAACGAUAGGAUCAUUGUCGUUAAGUCUUUUGCAUUUUAGAAGGUCAGUUCAGUGGUGGUGUUCUCAUUUGGGUUUUGUAAAGAUUUUCUCAUGGCAGGCUUUUAACCAAAUAAAUGUGUACUAUAAAAAAAAGCGAGGGGGAUUCAGCCAUUGGGUUCAAGUGCCAAACAAAUAGCCAAAAUUCUAUCAAUGGGUAACAAGAAAACAUUUAAUGGAUGCCAAUCAGUUAAACCAUCAGUGUUUCAUUAUCACUGCUUUAAGUGGUCCCGUACUUUCCUCUGAAACAGGCCAGUGUUGUUUGUGGAUUGCCGUGCUCCAUGUCAGAAGAUUAACUGUAUACAAUGUGAGACCACUGUACAAACAAAGCUAGCACAUAUUUAUUAAAUGCAAUACAAUGUCUUUAUUGGGCUUUAUCUGAAUAUCAUGGAGAUUAUCAUGGAGACAAAAAAAUAUAUUCUAUUGGAGACAUUUAUUUUUUUCCUGUCUUCUCAAAAAUGUGAGCUGUUAGAAUUAAUUUAUUGUGAAUUAAAAUAUUCUAUUUUGCA